AUGAAGAAUGGUUUUCGAGAUGUCUGUUCUUCAAGUGGAUCGGUGAUGAUCGGAGUUACCGACCACGAAGACGACAACGCCGCAGCACUGUCGUCGGAGGAUUCGUCUUGUCCAGAAGAGUCGGUGUCAGGGACAGAGCUCGACCUAGCUCUGUGUCUUAGCAUUGGUCUGAAUAGUCAUCGGAAUCCCUCCAAGGUCCGAUCCUCUUCUUCAUCUUCGUCUUCUUCUUCUCUGACCAGAGAAAGUGGAACCAAACGGUCUGCUGAUACUUCUGCAGCUGCCUCAAACGCAACGAGACAAGUUGCGCUAGGAUGGCCUCCUCUACGGACUUACAGAAUCAACAGUUUGGUCAACCAAGCGAAGUCCUUAGCCACGGAAGACGGUUUGAGUUCUGACCUUCAAAAAGACACAACAAGAAGAAGAAAUGUUGUGGUGGCUGCGAAGAACGAUGAUGCUAGCUAUAACCAAUCUGUCAGGAUUCCUAUGCUUGUGAAGGUGACAAUGGACGGAGUUAUAAUUGGAAGGAAAGUUGAUCUCAAUGCUCUGGAUUCUUAUGAAGCCUUGGCCAAAACUUUGGAACUAAUGUUCUUUCAGACACCUUCCUCUGUAACAAGAACGGAUACACAACAAGGAUGCAAGACAAUGAAGGAAACACUUGCUUCAGAACUGCUGGAUGGCUCGUCGGAAUAUAUCAUAACGUAUCAAGAUAAAGAUGGAGAUUGGAUGCUUGUAGGAGAUGUUCCUUGGGAGAUGUUCUUGGGGUCCUUGAAAAGAUUAAGAAUCAUGAGAAGAUAA